AAUAUCAAUAUCAAUAUCAAUAUCAAUAUCAAUAUCAAUAUCAAUGGCAUUUCACUUGACUGGAGUAGAAUACCCUAUAUUUAAUCGGUUUAUCAAUGGACAGGUAGUUACGGAAUGGGUGCACAGUAAGCGAUAUACUGUGUACUAUGGUGCACAGUUCUGUGGGCGCGGGACUGAUAUCGACUCGUAUGAUGACCGGUAUUUUGACUGUCAAAACGAUUGGAUGUAUUAUCGCAAACACACCCUUCAACCAAACAUACCGGCCGGCCAGCAGCUCAUGGAUGAACUGAAAAAACUUAUGCGGGAAGAGUUUAUUGCUGCCAACUUGCCAGUGGUGCAGCCUUCUGAAAAACAGGCCGUCUUUGAAGGUAAUUGGGCGCUCCUCUCCCCCGAUGAUGAUGAGGUCGCCAGUGUUUACUAUACAUACAAGCGUCACGAAUAUUUUGCAUACAAUUAUUAAUCAAUCUCUCUUUCUCUCUCUUUCUCUCUCUCUUUCUCUCUCUUUCUCUCUCUUUCUCUCUCUCUCUCU